CGCGCCCCGGACGUGCCCGGGACAUGUUCCUGCGCCGAGUUCCGCGCUCCCCACCCCCUCCGCUCCUCUGAGCUCAGCUGCGCGCGGUCGGCGCCUUGGGCGACGCGAGGACACUGGACGGCAGUGGUUCCUAAGCGACUGUUCUGGUCCAGUUCCCUUUCGUGGCCAUCGGCCCCUUCAGUUGACGCUCUGCUCUCCUUGGUAGAAAAAAGGAAGCAGAACGGGAUUUUCUGAACUGCUUUUCCCGUGGUCACCGGUCAACAUCACCGUCAGGUGCUCAGGAGAAUGGAGAAGGCCUGUGACUUGAUGUUCAGGAGGGUGACCAGCCCUUUGGGGACACUCGAGGUCUCUGGCUGUCGGCAAGGAGUGCAUGGGAUUAGGCUGCUCGGCAGGAAGACCCCGGACACUGACCCCCCGGAGGCCCCCGCCCCCCGCGAGCUGCUCGGCGAUCCGGGGACGGUGACGGAGCCCCUCGCGCAGUGUGCAGCCUGGCUGGUCGCCUACUUCUACGAGCCCAGGACCCUGUCUGCGCUCCCCGUGCCUGCCCUCCACCACCCCAUCUUCCAGCAAGACUCAUUCACCGGGCAGGUGUUGUGGAAGCUGCUGAAGGCUGUGAAAUUCGGAGAAGUGGUUUCUUACCAGCAAUUAGCGGCCCUGGCAGGCAGCCCCAAAGCAUCGCGGGCAGUGGGCGGAGCGAUGAGAAGCAAUCCUGUCCCCAUCCUCGUCCCCUGUCAUCGAGUGGUCUGCAGCAGUGGAGCCGUGGGCAACUACUCCGGAGGGCCGGCCGUGAAGGAGUGGCUUCUGACCCAUGAAGGCAGCCUGGCGGGCGGGCUGGCCCGUGUGGGCCGAAGUUGAGUGCGUGAGGUUGGAGUGAGUACGUGAGUGACACGUAGAUGGAACCACCGUCGGAAGGAGCCGUGUGGUCACGUUGUAGUAAAAGAGCCAGUGUGUCCUGC